AUGACAACAACAGUAGCGACGGACUAUGACAAUAUUGAAAUCCAACAGCAAUACAGUGAUGUGAAUAACCGCUGGGAUGUCGAUGACUGGGACAAUGAAAAUAGUUCUGCACGACUGUUUGAGCGAUCCCGUAUUAAGGCUCUAGCUGAUGAACGAGAGGCAGUUCAGAAGAAGACUUUCACAAAGUGGGUUAAUUCACAUUUGGCACGUGUAUCAUGUAGAAUUACAGAUUUAUACGCUGAUCUUCGUGAUGGACGGAUGCUUAUCAAACUGCUGGAAGUUCUUUCAGGAGAAAGACUUCCCAAACCAACCAAGGGAAGGAUGCGCAUCCAUUGUUUGGAGAAUGUUGAUAAAGCCCUCCAGUUUCUGAAAGAACAAAGAGUGCAUCUAGAAAACAUGGGAUCCCAUGAUAUUGUGGAUGGGAAUCACAGGCUGACUCUUGGCCUUAUUUGGACCAUUAUUCUGAGAUUCCAGAUCCAAGAUAUCAGUGUCGAAACUGAAGACAACAAAGAGAAGAAAUCUGCUAAGGAUGCUUUGCUCCUGUGGUGCCAGAUGAAGACAGCUGGUUAUCCCAAUGUCAACAUUCACAACUUUACAACUAGCUGGAGGGAUGGGAUGGCUUUCAACGCACUAAUCCAUAAACACAGGCCUGAUCUGAUUGAUUUUGACAAGCUGAAGAAAUCAAAUGCACACUACAAUCUGCAGAAUGCUUUUAACCUCGCAGAGCAACAUCUUGGUCUCACUAAGCUUCUGGACCCAGAGGAUAUCAGUGUUGACCAUCCUGAUGAAAAGUCAAUUAUCACCUAUGUGGUGACAUAUUACCACUACUUUUCUAAGAUGAAAGCGUUAGCUGUUGAAGGAAAACGUAUUGGAAAGGUGCUUGACAAUGCUAUUGAAACAGAGAAAAUGAUUGAAAAAUAUGAAUCGCUGGCUUCUGACCUUCUUGAGUGGAUUGAACAAACUAUUAUCAUCCUGAACAAUCGCAAAUUUGCCAACUCGCUGGUUGGUGUGCAACAGCAGCUACAGGCAUUCAACACUUACCGCACAGUGGAGAAACCACCCAAAUUUACAGAAAAAGGAAACUUAGAAGUACUGCUUUUCACCAUCCAAAGCAAAAUGAGGGCUAACAAUCAGAAAGUGUACAUGCCACGGGAGGGCAAACUCAUCUCGGACAUUAACAAGGCCUGGGAAAGACUGGAAAAAGCUGAACAUGAAAGAGAACUGGCACUGCGAAAUGAGCUCAUAAGACAAGAGAAACUGGAACAACUUGCACGCAGAUUUGAUCGCAAGGCAGCUAUGAGAGAAACGUGGCUGAGUGAAAAUCAACGACUGGUUUCUCAGGAUAACUUUGGUUUUGACCUUCCAGCCGUGGAGGCUGCCACUAAAAAGCACGAGGCCAUUGAAACAGACAUUGCAGCAUAUGAAGAACGAGUUCAGGCGGUAGUUGCUGUUGCAAAGGAACUUGAGACUGAGAAUUACCAUGAUAUCAAACGCAUCACCGCAAGAAAAGACAAUGUUAUACGCCUGUGGGAGUACCUGCUGGAGCUACUCAGGGCCCGUAGACAAAGACUGGAGAUGAACCUUGGUCUGCAAAAGAUAUUCCAGGAAAUGCUUUACAUUAUGGACUGGAUGGAUGAAAUGAAGGUGCUUCUGCUAUCUCAAGACUAUGGCAAGCAUUUGUUAGGGGUAGAGGACCUGUUACAGAAACAUGCGCUAGUGGAGGCAGACAUUGCCAUUCAGGCUGAACGAGUGCGGGGAGUCAAUGCAUCUGCUCAGAAAUUUGCCACAGAUGGAGAAGGUUACAAACCAUGUGAUCCACAAGUGAUCAGAGAUCGUGUAGCUCAUAUGGAGUUUUGUUACCAAGAGCUGUGCCAGUUAGCAGCCGAACGCCAAGCUCGCUUGGAAGAAUCCAGGCGUCUGUGGAAAUUCUUCUGGGAAAUGGCAGAAGAAGAGGGCUGGAUCAGAGAAAAGGAGCAGAUCUUGUCAUCUGAUGACUAUGGGAAGGACCUAACUAGCAUUGUCCGUCUCUUGAGCAAGCAUAAGGCGUUUGAAGAUGAAAUGAGUGGCCGUAGUGGCAACUUCCAGCAGGCAAUAAAAGAAGGUGAAGGUAUGAUUGCUGAGGAGCACUUUGGGUCUGAAAAAAUUAGAGAGAGAAUAAAGGAUAUGCGAGAGCAAUGGGCUAACCUGGAGGAGCUGUCUGCCAUUAGGAAGAAACGCCUGGAGGAAGCCUCUCUUCUUCAUCAGUUCCAAGCUGAUGCUGAUGAUAUUGAUGCAUGGAUGUUGGACAUCCUCAAAAUUGUCUCCAGCAAUGAUGUUGGCCAUGAUGAGUAUUCUACUCAGUCCUUGGUCAAGAAACACAAAGAUGUUGCUGAAGAGAUUGCAAACUAUAGGCCAACCAUUGACUCACUGCAUGAACAAGCAAAAGCUCUGCCUCAGGAACAUGCCGAAUCUCCAGAUGUUCAAGGCAGGUUGUCCGGAAUAGAGGAAAGAUACAAAGAGGUUGCUGAACUGACGCGGCUCCGUAAACAGGCUCUGCAAGAUACCCUUGCUCUGUAUAAGAUGUUCAGUGAAGCAGAUGCUUGUGAACUUUGGAUUGAUGAAAAGGAGCAGUGGCUUAACAAUAUGCAGAUUCCAGAGAAGCUUGAAGACCUGGAAGUGAUCCAACACAGAUUUGAAAGCUUAGAACCAGAAAUGAACAAUCAGGCAUCCCGUGUUGCAGUGGUAAAUCAAAUUGCUAGACAGCUGAUGCACAGUGGUCAUCCAAGUGAAAAGGAGAUCAAGGCUCAGCAAGACAAACUCAACACAAGAUGGAGCCAGUUCAGAGAACUGGUGGACAGAAAGAAAGAUGCUCUUAUCUCUGCUCUAAGUAUCCAGAAUUACCAUCUUGAGUGUAAUGAAACCAAAUCCUGGAUCAGGGAAAAGACCAAAGUAAUUGAAUCCACACAAGAUCUGGGCAAUGAUCUGACUGGAGUAAUGGCCCUUCAGAGGAAGUUGACGGGUAUGGAACGUGAUUUGGUAGCCAUUGAGGCUAAGCUAAGUGACCUGCAAAAAGAGGCUGAAAAGUUGGAAUCUGAACAUCCUGACCAGGCUCAGGCCAUCCUGUCGAGGCUUGCAGAAAUCAGCGAUGUGUGGGAAGAAAUGAAAACCACCCUCAAGAACCGGGAAGAGUCCCUUGGAGAGGCAAGCAAACUACAGCAGUUUUUGCGUGACCUGGACGACUUCCAGUCCUGGCUAUCCAGAACCCAGACUGCGAUUGCCUCAGAAGAUAUGCCAAACACACUGACAGAGGCUGAAAAGCUGCUCACUCAGCAUGAGAAUAUUAAGAACGAAAUUAACAAUUAUGAGGAAGACUACCAGAAAAUGAGAGACAUGGGCGAGAUGGUAACCCAAGGACAAACUGAUGCACAGUAUAUGUUCUUACGCCAGCGCCUGCAGGCUUUGGACACUGGGUGGAAUGAGCUUCACAAAAUGUGGGAGAAUAGGCAAAACCUCCUUUCACAGUCUCAUGCCUACCAGCUGUUUCUCAGAGACACUAAGCAAGCUGAAGCAUUUCUUAAUAACCAGGAAUAUGUUUUGGCCCAUACUGAAAUGCCUACUACCUUGGAAGGAGCGGAAGCUGCUAUUAGAAAACAGGAGGAUUUCAUGACCACAAUGGAUGCCAAUGAGGAAAAGCUCAAUGCAGUUGUAGAAACUGGCAGGAGGCUCUUUAGCGAUGGGAAUAUUAACUCUGACAAGAUCCAAGAGAAAGUGGACUCUAUUGAUGACAGACAUAGGAAGAAUCGUGAGGCAGCCAGUGAGCUUCUGAUGAGGUUGAAAGACAACAGAGAUCUUCAAAAGUUUCUUCAGGACUGCCAGGAGCUGUCACUCUGGAUCAAUGAGAAGAUGCUCACAGCCCAGGAUAUGUCUUACGACGAAGCAAGGAAUCUGCACAGUAAAUGGCUAAAACACCAGGCAUUUAUGGCAGAACUUGCAUCCAACAAAGAAUGGCUGGAGAAAAUUGAAAAGGAAGGGAUGCAGCUCAUUGCAGAGAAACCAGAGACUGAAACCGUAGUGAAAGAAAAGCUGACAGGCCUGCAUCAAAUGUGGGAAGAGCUGGAAUCUACUACCCAAACCAAGGCUCAGCGACUCUUUGAUGCAAAUAAGGCUGAGCUUUUCACACAGAGUUGUGCUGAUUUGGAUAAAUGGCUGAACAGCUUGGAGAGUCAGAUACAGUCUGAUGACUAUGGAAAAGAUCUCACCAGUGUCAACAUCCUGUUGAAAAAACAACAGAUGCUUGAGAACCAAAUGGAUGUUCGUAAGAAGGAGGUAGAGGAGCUGCAAAGCCAGGCCCAGGCUUUGAGUCAGGAGGGCAAGAGUACUGAUGAGGUAGAUGGCAAACGCCUUAUUGUACAGAAGAAAUUUUUGGAGCUACUGGAACCCUUGACUGAAAGGAAGACGAAUCUGCUGGCCUCCAAAGAGGUCCACCAGUUCAACCGGGAUGUGGAGGAUGAAAUUCUGUGGGUUGGAGAGAGGAUGCCUAUAGCAACAUCUACAGAUCAUGGACAUAACCUCCAGACUGUGCAGCUACUGAUAAAGAAAAAUCAGACACUUCAGAAGGAAAUCCAAGGACAUCAGCCUCGUAUCGAUGACAUUUUUGAGAGGAGCCAAAACAUUAUUACAGACAGCAGCCUUAAUGCUGAAGCGCUUCAGCAGAGACUUGCAGACUUGCAACAGCUGUGGAAUCUCCUAAUUGAGGAGACAGAGAAACGCCACAAACGCCUGGAGGAGUCUCACAAAGCACAGCAGUAUUACUUCGAUGCUGCAGAGGCUGAGGCGUGGAUGAGUGAGCAGGAACUCUAUAUGAUGUCAGAAGAGAAAGCCAAGGAUGAACAGAGUGCAGUAUCCAUGUUGAAGAAACACCAGAUUUUGGAACAGGCAGUAGAAGACUAUGCCGAGACAGUGCACCAGCUUUCCAAGACUAGCAGAACUUUGGUUGCAGACAAUCAUCCGGAAAGCGAGCGCAUCAGUAUGCGCCAGUCCAAGGUGGAUAAGCUAUAUGCAGGCCUGAAGGAUCUAGCUGAAGAGAGGAGGGGCAAGCUAGAUGAGAGACACAGGCUAUUCCAGCUCAAUCGUGAGGUGGAUGACUUGGAGCAGUGGAUUGCUGAAAGGGAAGUGGUGGCAGGAUCCCACGAGCUGGGACAGGAUUAUGAACAUGUUACAAUGUUACAAGAGCGAUUCCGCGAAUUUGCCCGAGACACUGGAAACAUUGGACAGGAGCGUGUUGAUUCUGUUAACCACAUGGCAGAUGAGCUCAUCAAUUCUGGACACUCUGAUGCAGCCACCAUUGCAGAGUGGAAGGAUGGUCUCAAUGAGGCAUGGGCUGACCUCUUGGAGCUCAUUGACACAAGAACACAGAUUCUAGCAGCCUCUUAUGAACUACACAAAUUUUACCAUGAUGCCAAGGAGAUCUUUGGACGUAUUCAAGAUAAACACAAGAAAUUGCCCGAGGAACUUGGUAGAGACCAAAACACAGUGGAAGCACUACAGAGGAUGCACACAACAUUUGAACAUGAUAUUCAGGCUUUAGGCACCCAGGUGAGACAGCUGCAAGAGGACGCUGCACGCCUUCAGGCUGCCUAUGCUGGGGACAAGGCUGAUGACAUCCAGAAGCGGGAGAACGAGGUCCUGGAAGCAUGGAAAGCAUUGCUGGACGCCUGCGAGGGACGCAGAGUUAGACUGGUGGAUACAGGAGAUAAAUUUCGUUUCUUCAGCCUGGUUCGUGAUCUCAUGCUUUGGAUGGAAGAUGUUAUCCGGCAGAUCGAAGCCCAAGAGAAGCCAAGGGAUGUUUCAUCGGUUGAAUUACUAAUGAACAAUCACCAGGGUAUCAAAGCAGAAAUUGACGCCCGUAACGACAGCUUUACUACAUGCAUUGAGCUUGGCAAAUCUCUUCUGGCAAGGAAACACUAUGCAUCAGAGGAGAUCAAGGAAAAGUUAUUGCAGUUGACAGAGAAGAGAAAAGAAAUGAUUGACAAAUGGGAAGACAGAUGGGAAUGGCUGAGACUGAUUCUGGAAGUACAUCAGUUCUCAAGGGAUGCUAGUGUGGCUGAGGCAUGGCUGCUGGGACAGGAGCCAUACCUAUCCAGUCGUGAGAUAGGUCAAAGUGUGGAUGAAGUGGAAAAGUUAAUUAAGCGUCAUGAAGCGUUUGAAAAAUCUGCGGCUACUUGGGAUGAAAGAUUUUCAGCACUGGAAAGACUGACUACACUGGAAUUACUGGAAGUACGUCGACAGCAAGAGGAAGAGGAAAGAAAGAGGCAGCCUCCUUCCCCAGAGCCAAGCCCAAAGGUUCCAGAAGAUGCAGAUUCACAACAAUGGGAUGGUACAAAAGGAGAACAGGUUUCCCAAAAUGGUUUACCAUCAGACCAGGAGUCUCCACGGAUGGCGGAAACUGUGGAAACAAAUGAAAUGGUCAAUGGAGCUGCAGAACAGAGGACAAGUUCAAAAGAGUCUAGUCCUGUUCCUUCCCCAACUGCAGACCGCAAAGCCAAGACCGCCAUUCAGGCUCAGACUGCGGCUACCCUACCAGCCAAAACACAAGAGACUCCUUCAGCUCAGAUGGAGGGCAUUUUGCAUCGUAAACAUGAGUGGGAGACACAUAACAAGAAAGCCUCAAACAGAUCCUGGCACAACGUGUACUGUGUUAUAAACAACCAAGAGAUGGGCUUCUACAAAGAUUCCAAGGCUGCUGCUUCUGGCAUUCCCUACCACAGUGAGAUCCCCAUCAGCUUGAAAGAAGCAGUCUGUGAAAUAGCGGUUGAUUACAAAAAGAAGAAACACGUGUUCAAGCUAAGAUUAACUGAUGGCAAUGAGUACCUCUUCCAAGCCAAAGAUGAUGAGGAAAUGAACACAUGGAUUCAGGCCAUCACAUCAGCUAUCUCCUCUGACAAAAUCGAAGUGUCUCCAAGCACACAAAGCACUCCAGCUUCUAGUCGUGCCCAAACCCUGCCAGCCAGCGUUACAAUAACCAGCGAAUCCAGUCCUGGCAAGCGGGAGAAAGACAAAGAGAAGGACAAAGAAAAGAGAUUCAGCCUUUUUGGCAAAAAGAAGUGA